AUGGAUGGAAGCGGUAUACGAGGUGGUGAGUCUACGAGUAUUGGUGGAAUUGGAUCUAUCAAUUCCGGUGCCUCAAUUUCUUCAGGUCCAAUGGGGGGGUCUCAAGAUGAUACUAUUAAUUUCAUCAAUUUCAACCAAGAUGCAUCUUAUGUUCUGAUUGGAACAAAUACAGGGUACAAGAUUUUCAACUGUACACCUUCAUUUGGUAAAUGUUAUCAAUGGAGGAAAUAUGAAUCUGUCGGCAUUGUGGAAAUGCUUUAUACAACAUCACUUGUUGCUGUGGUAAUGUUAGGAGAAGAGGUAGGUUCAUCUCCUCGUAAACUUAAAAUCAUCAAUACAAAAAGACAAUCAACUAUCAGUGAUCUAAUAUUUCCAAAUACAAUUCUACAAGUAAAGUUAACCAGACACAGGUUGGUGGUGAUUUUGGAAACUCAAAUUUAUAUUUAUGAUAUUGGUACGUUGAAGCUUUUACAUACCAUAGAAACUAGUUCGAAUCCUACUGGAUUAUGUACUAUUUCAACUGAUGAAAAUAAUUCAGUUUUAGCAUAUCCUUCUCCACCAAGAACAAUAGCACAUGAUUCUUUACUUGUGGCAGGUAUUAAUACCAAUGGAGGGGUUAAUCUGGUACAAAAUAACAUCCAAUCAGUAAGCAAUACUCCUAAUAGAAUUGGUGAUGUUAUAAUAUUCAAUUUGAACACCCUACAGCCAGUUUCAGUGAUUGAAGCACAUAAGGCUACCUUGGCAUCAAUGGCACUUUCUUGUGAUGGUUCGUUGUUAGCUACUGCUAGUGACAAGGGUACAAUUGUUAGGAUAUUUUCAGUUGAUUCAGGUAUCAAACUAUUCCAAUUCCGUAGAGGAACUUACAGUACAAAAAUUUGGUCUCUUCGAUUUAGUCUUGAUAAUAAGUACGUGGUUGCGACAAGUUCCAGUGAUACAGUACAUAUAUUCCGUUUGGGAGAAGAUGAAAAGUUAAAGUCAUAUCCAAGGAAAGUUACAGUUGUUUCUCCCUCGCUGUCCAGAAUUCCAGAAUUGGAAAUCACCCCAUCAAAGUCAAAUGAUAGUCAAAAGCAAGAUUCUCAUACAGGAGGAGGGUCUGGGGGAAUGAAAUCACUUACAAGUUCAACGGAACUAGAUGAAGAUCUAGAUGAAGAUGAAGACGAAGACAGCGAUGUUGACGAAGAACCAGAGCCUUCCAAUUCUUCUAAUACUAAACAAAGAAAAUUAUCUCAAGGCUCAUACAAUAGCGUUAAUUCAGCCAUGUCUGAUGAUAAAGUUGAACCAGUAGUUGAUCAAACUAGAUUAUCAGUUGCUCGAUUGAUUAGAAGACAGUCUCAAAGCCUAGGCAGGAGAGCUGCUCAAAGAAUGGGAGAUUUUCUUCCCUCCAAAUUUUCAUCCAUUUUAGAACCCAUAAGGCACUUUGCAUCGUUGAAGAUUAAUUCAACUUCCAAAGAUACAAAGUCUAUUGCAGCUAUCAAUUGCGAAAUUCAACAAAAUGUUGUUCCUAAAUCAUAUUUGAAGGAUCACACUAGUUUGUCUCCUGAACAACGAGAAGAAACUCUGAGAAUGAAUUUACUUCAUGUUAACGUUGUUACAUCUGAUGGAACCUUCUACGUAUAUGGAUUGGAUCCAGAAAGAGGUGGAGAUUGUAUACUAUUGCACCAAUAUUCUUUAUUAGAAGAUAGUGGUUAA